AUGCCACCUGAAGGUUGCACGAAGGCUGGGAUACUGCCAGGUUGCCCAAACCUAGACAGGGGAAGUCGAGGGGCAGAGGUCGGGUUCGAACCACGGACCUUGUGGUCAGUAAAUUCGCGCUCUAACCGCUUGGGCCAUCUCACCCCCUGUAUUAGAAAUCGCAUCUGUGUAUCAACUUUCAUUUCGGUUACUUCAUUCCCUGAUGUAACAGCCCUUUUACCUCCACUUCGUUACCUUGCUGCACACAAUCACACAGGUAAUUCUGUUGCAGUAACCACACAGCUGUUACUUCUAUUCGGUAAGUGGUUAUUUGGUCGGAGUGAGAGGGUUCAGUGGUUAGAACGCGAAUUUACAGACCGGAAGGUCCGCGGUUUGAACCCGACCUCUGCCUCUCGACUUUUCCUGUCUAGGCUUGAGCAGCCGGGCAGUGUCCCAGCCCUCGUGCUUGCUUCGGGUGGCAUAUCAGUUAGGCACCGAAAGUGUGUUACAGCUAGACGAUUAUCGAUUAUUUUGUUUAUUGAGUCAGGAAAUAGUCGACCCCGGAAAUUCCGCAAUUUAAUCACACGCGUAGUUACAGUUGUCCCAACAGAAUAUCGAGAAAUAUGUCGGCGAAUCCGUAACGAAGCAAUUAGAAAGCGCGUUUUCGGUCGUGCAACGGGUACUUCCAUUGAAGAAUAUGUCCAGCACCAGAAGCUGCGUUGGUUGGGACAUGUGUUAAGUAUGCCGAACCAUCGUUUGCCGAAGAGAGUACUGUUUUCCAUGCCCAAUUCGGAGUGGCGUAAACAGAGAGGUGGCCAACCCUUGACAUGGAAGAGGGGUAUGAAGGAGAUCACGAAACGCUUGGGUGCUGUCGGUGCUACUCGCCUUCCAGGAUGGGGACCGCAUGAUCCUCACUGUGCCUGGUUGGAGACACUACAAGAUAUGGCUGCCAAUCGAUAUUGCCUGAGUGAAUGUCUGGGGUUGCUUUCAAAUAAAUCAUGGUUGUACAGCGGUGAAGCGUCGGUGUCGAACAUUGAUGUCAUGCUGUCGAUGAUGAUGAAGUGUUCAAGACAUAGUCAUAAAAAAACGCCUACCCAGGAAAACGCAGCUGGCACUGUGCCCAGCGGAAAUUCAACGACACCGUCUAUAUUGAACUACCUGAGCCCGAAACCAAUCCAACGAAGAUCUAGAAGUCAACGGAGAGACACAACAGAAACUCAUCGACACCAAGUUCGGGCGAUUUUCGACCUGAGUUCCCAAAGAGAACGCCUCGUUCCCGUCGUAAUAACAUCCUCGGCAACACCCUUGGCUUCUGAGUCAACUCGAAUCCCCUCCGACGAGUGCAGUAGUGAUGAGGAGACGGCGAAACGUAUUACAGACCGAUUGAAACACGUUUCCAAGCAAAUUGACGGCAAACAACACACGACACGAAAAUCUAUGGGCUGA